UAUAUCUCUUGCCAAGGCUAAAAGUGUUAAAAGUUAACUCCCAGAAAUGCACACACGCAUACCGAUGCAAGCGAAAAGUUAAAGCGACGAUCAUUCAUUACUGCCUCUUCUUCUUAUUCAUCUGCUCUUUGCGACGUGUUUCGCUUACCUGUCCAAAACGCGCGUGUAUUGGUGGGCUCCAUCGCUCCAUAGCCCCCUCUCUCUCUCGCUCUCUUUCGAUUUGCACAUGCAAAAAGGCAGCAGCAGCAGCAAGAACAACAACAAGAACUCCGUCUGAGAGCUUUAAAGCCGAAGUUCUCGACGCAGACGUCGGCGGCAGCAGCGCAGCGGCAGCGAACAACUCGUACAGCCUGCCAUCAGAGCGACCAGCCAAGCGAAAGAUUGACAAACUAUAUUUACGACCCCCUGCUGAUGAUCUCAGGCAAAUGAUGACAAUCUGACACGCAAGGGAAUCCAUUACAUUUCGUUCUCGCAGAUAAGAGCUUCUGGCGAACUCGACAACAAAGGCAGGAACCUGUCACAUUUAGAUACUCGUCUGCUGACGAACUGACCUCAAACUUAAUUACCAACUUAGCCUUUUUGGCCAACCGAAAAGUGGGUGCAGCCCACUGUGACCUAAUCCUGACCGAGUUGACCUAUUAAGCUGAUGGAAAAGUCAAGCCAGCUCGUUGGAUCUCAAUUGCAUUGUUAUCGUUAUGCUGUACAGUAAAACAUGGCAAAGUCGACACUUUAUGCUGCUGGGGUGACCUGUCUGGGCUUUAUUUGCUUCGCCUUGGCAUCUGUGGCCAUUGGCAUACCCAUUUGGGGUUACUACGAUAGUCCAUCGGGCGGCUAUGACUUCGAUCGAGGUUAUUUCGGACCGUUUAAGGUCUGCAAGCAAUUGACUUAUAAUCGCGAGAAAUGCGGCAACGACGUGUCCAAGUUUAGAUUAAGCAAUGCGGUUUUUGUCAGUGGACUCUUGGCCAUUGGCAGCUCAGCUGUGCUGGGCAUCUUCUGCAUUCUGUCGGUCAUUCAACACGCGAUGAUCUCAUCCAGGGAGAAGGUGGUUAUGCCCUACACAACUCUAGUGAUAGUGAAGUUAAUGUUGGCAUUGCUGGGAGGUGUAUUGGCCAUCAUAGCGACGGUUUUGUUUGCUCUGCAAAUUGAUGAGCAGGAGCGCUAUGGCUUCAAAGUAUCGCGGGGCAUUUCCUUCUAUAUACAGAUUGUGGCUAUUGUUUUGACAAUUGCUCUGUUCGUGGCCGCCCUGUACGAUGUGAUCUACUCGCGCAGUCCAGGCGGAGAUCCCACAAUGGCGCUGGAUGUGUCAUCUCCGGGCAGUGCCACUACGUUCAAUAAUCCGGGUUUCAAGGAGCCGCGCAGUCGCAACGGCGUUUCGGUGACGGACGCAUCCGGAAAGCCCUACAGCGGAAUCCGGAAUGGAGCGGGAACGGCGGGCAGCGUGGCCUCCAUGAGCACCACCGUGACCAGCGUGUCCAAUGGUUCCACCCUCGACUCGGUGACGCGUUCACCGCUGCGAUCGAGUCUGAAGAAGCCGAGACCCCGGCCGGAUCCAACGUUAGGCAUUCAAAAUCCCGGCUAUUCCGGAUCCGGAAGUUCGCCACCCAUGCGGCGCAAUGGAAGCGUGAAGAAGGUCCGAAUUCAGACGCACAGCACCGAGGUGUAAGAUGGUUUCAACCAACUAGAAUUAAGCCCUUCAACAAGCAGCAAACGACAAAAAACAAAA